GUGGUACUAUUGUAGACAAACCUGUUUGUCUCAAUAUCUGCGAUUGAUUCUCCUUUUAAAGAAAAUUUAUCGUAGCCUAUUCGUUAUUACCAAACGAAAUGUCUCAUCAGAAGGUUCUCUCAUUCGGUUUGUUGAUGUUAGCGGCAAGUUGUUUGGCUGCAGCCAACAAUGAGGUUGAAGCUGUAUUUAAAGACAAUGAAGUUGUACCCGAUGUGAUUGCUGAAGCACCUCAUCAAUUUUUAAAGAUAUCAUAUGAGAAUGGCUUAAAUGUUGAUAAAGGCAAUGAGCUAACACCCACCCAAGUACAGAAGCAGCCAACCAUUGAAUGGGAAGCUAGCGAUGAUGCCUAUUAUACAUUGAUAAUGACCGAUCCUGAUGCACCCAGCCGUGUUGAGCCCAAAUUUAGAGAAUUUCGUCAUUGGUUGGUUGUGAAUAUACCCGGCAAUCAUCUUGAUCAGGGUGAAGUAUUGGCCGCCUAUGUGGGUUCGGGACCUCCCAAGGGCACUGGUUUACAUCGCUACGUCUUUCUGUUGUACAAGCAAUCCGGAAAACUUGAAUUUGAUGAAGCCAGAGUUAGCGACAAGUCUAGAAAAGAUCGUCCCAAAUUCAAGGCAGCCACAUUCGCUGAGAAGUAUAAACUAGGUGCACCCAUAGCAGGCAACUUCUAUCAGGCCCAGUGGGAUGAUUAUGUGCCCACUCUACAUAAGCAGUUAUCUGAAGAGUAAAACAUUUUUCUUAAAUAUAAAUUAAAUUGGAAAAAUUUAUUAUAAAGUAAAUGUUUGCAUUAUACAAAAGUA